AUGAUUUACAAUGCCGAUAACGUUACGGAGGUGUUCGAAUAUUUCAAGGAAAAAUAUGACAAGAGGUAUAAAGAUGACGCUGAGGCAAGCAAAGCUUUCAAGAACUUUGUGGUUAAUUUUAACAAAGUCUCCAAUUUAAAUGAAGCUACUCGAGAUAAAGAUACUUUCUACAUUGUUAAUCAGUAUGCUGAUAUGGACCCGAAUGAAUUCAAUAAACAUUAUGCUAUACGAUUUAAACCCUACUUCGAGAUAUCCAAUAAAAAGGACGCCGAAUUUCUAGGGCGUGAAAGACUUAGAGAUAUCAAUGCUUCCGAACUAUAUGAUUUGGAUCAAGCCGAAGAACUCUACAACGAGUUUAUGAAGAAAUAUAAAAAGAGGAAUAUGACGAAACGAUAUGACCGUCAAGUUCAUUACUAUAGAUUCGUUAAAACGCUUGUGGAGAUGAACAAUAAUUAUUUUCGGGGCCACGAGAAUAUCUCAAUCGACGAAACGGCUGAUGUACUUAAAGAGCCUAAUGAGUACUUUUGGUCAAAGUAA